GUGGUGGUGGUGGUGUCGGCGGCGACGGAGGAGGAGGUGGUGGAAGACAGCAACAAAGCCGUGACUCGUCCGUCGGGAAGUCCGUCUUGGUCCGCCAGUCAGGAUGUCGUCGAGGCCCGCCGAAAAGCCCGAGCAGGUUUUAAUUAUCGAGCCGCAGAACGAGCUGCGAUUCAGGGGUCCUUUUACAGGAGGCCCGGUUACAUCAUAUAUAAAAUUAAUUAAUCCAACGAAUAAAAAGGUAUAUUUUAAGAUAAAGACAACUGCCCCAAAGAGAUACUGUGUACGUCCAAACUCUGGAGCUCUCAAGCCAAAGGAUGUCACUGAAAUAGCAGUAUGCUUACAACCAUAUGAUUUUGAUCCAUCGGAGAAAAAUAAACAUAAAUUUAUGGUGCAAACUGUGGUAGCACCCGACGACGAUGAUGAUGAGUAUCCAAUUGAUGUGUGGAAGGAUAUAAAUCCAGAUCAAUUAAUGGAUUCGAAAUUGAAAUGCGUCUUUGAAAAUCCUGUAACCAGUACUACUAGUACAGCUAAAACGACCGCGACUUCCACAACAACCAAGGCAGACUCUAAUACGACUAACGGAAAGAACAAAACAGUUGGCGAUUCGGUCAAAUCGUCGCCUAAAGUUUUUGGUGAAGCAGAAGAGAAACUAUUAAAAGCUGCGCAAGAGGUUAAUCAGCUUAGGGUAGAGGAAAGCACGCUUAGGCAGGAAAAUCUUCAACUUAGGGAAGAUUUAAUGAAGUGGCGAAACGCGGCACUUGAACUGGGCAAUGAUUGUAACCUUGCACCACCCAGAGGACUAACCUCGCCGAGCAGUAGCCAGUUAUCUCCGACAUCAACUAGUAUCCUCAUCGCCGUCGCCAUGGUUAUAGUCGGUUACUUGCUGGGAAAACUAAUCUGAACAGCCUUUAUCUUACUGUAUACCUCAGUGUAUCCCCACCGCCCCCAAGUUUUUUUAGCCUGUCUUCUGCCGUCAUAUGCCAUCGUUCGAUCGCAGACACAGACUCUAAACGUUGCGUUAUUCGAAUGUUCAUAAUAAAUGCUGUAAACACGAACGUGGUAGUGGUCUACAUUAAUAGAAUUGCUCGUUACGAGUGUGUGCUUAAGUCCUGAUAAAAAAAGUUGCUUGGUUUAAAAAUUUAUUUUAUUUUAUUUUAUUUUUUUUGUCUUCUUUUUAAGAACGCAAACUUGAUUCGGAAGACGCUAAGUAACACUCGGUUUACACUUGUCAUAGUUACAUUCUCAAUUUUGUUGUGCUUGUAAAGGAAUUUUCGCUCUGUAAGUUGCGCCCUGUCCUGAAGUAGCGUUGGGCAAAGAAAUGUGUAUCGCGCGAAUAACGAGUAAAAAUUUCGUAUUUAUAAAUACAUAUUCAAGGUAA